AUGAGAAAACGACCAGUUACAUAUCGUGGUCGUGGGGCCAGCAAUCGUCGAAAUAAUGCUACCUCGGCUGCAUUAUCUUCUUCGCCACCAAGAUCGUCGUCGCCCUCUCCUCCAGUAUCUGUAAUCGUAGCUCCUCAGCCCCUACCAUUAUCAACAUCAACCAAGGAUGUUUUUGACUUUCCUCUUCAGCCAGACCAGAAUGUAGUCAUGGGCGUCUCUCCCACUCGGCCGAGAUCUAAAAAGCCUGUAAACAUACCCAGUCCACGCCCCACAAGAACAACAGCAACGUCGUCAAAACGAACAAAGACAACGUCUCCUGACUCUGACGAUGAGGAGGACUGUAUGAUAGAAGUCGACUGUGGCGAAUCAGCACGAUCAAACGAGCUGAAGUCGCGAUUAAAGAUACGUAAAGCAGUUCCUGUGAUACCUAAACAGGACAGCAGCAGCAACAGCAGCAAAGACUCGCACUAUAAAAAGAGGUCUUCACCACCUAAACGAAGAGCUGUCGAAGCCCCUCUGCCUCCAGUCCAUCAACUCGAUAUGUUUGAUCACUCGUCAGCAGUAUUAUCGCCAACCAAAAGCAGCUCAAGAUCUAUAUCAAAAUCAAAACCUAUAACGAGAGCAAACGACCUGAGUGUAUCACCUACUAGACGUACUGCAAGCAAUAGGUCAAAAUAUAGCAGUGCGAGUGAUGAUAUUCUUAAAGCCGAUGAGCAACCUUUGGUCAAGCCAACACGAGCAGUGGUUGGAACAGAUGCUUUAGGUGGUGUCAGAAAUAUGUCUUCAAGGUCUACCAUGCUGUCAUCCCCAGCAAAUGCUCCAGCUACCACAGUACAGCCUUCAGUGCUAGACUCUGGUAUUACAACCACCUUAUCUAAAGCAUCGUAUAAUAAAUCAACAAAAAUCGAUCUCAAACCACCUCCUCCACCACGUCAACAAUCGAGAUCUAGUAGUCGUGACUCGAUGGAAUGGGAGAUAGCGUUUGGUCAAAGAACCCAAAUACAACCCAAAGUAAAGUCAGCUUUUGAUGACUUGUUUGAGCAAAAGAGUUGUGACGAUGAUGACGACUUACCACCUACGCAACCUCUACCAUCAUCACUGGAACGUGCCGCCAGUAAUAAUAGUAAUACUUCCACAUCUCCGCAAAGACUAAGUAGAAUAGCACGAAUGAAGGCUGCUCAAAAGCCGUCAAUCGCUCCUGGCUCAGAAAUGAUACCAGCCAGUCCACCAAAAACCCGUGACGCAGUAGAUUAUACUCCUGCUCUCCUUAAAUCUAGGUCUACAGACUCAGGAGAUGCACCGAUGCCGCCCAAAUCUCCUCCACCCAUUCCGAAGUCACUAGCUCAUGUAACAUCAUCGCAUGGAACAGCUCCAGUGACAUAUGGGCGAACAAGAACGAUACUGGCUAAUGCUUCUGAUGGUAUGGGAGACAUUUACGUCUCGAUGCAAAAGCAAGCUCGUGAUGAAGGGUUGGAGGAUAGUGACGAAGAUGAAGAGAAGAAUGUCAAAAGCACGCACGAAAUGCGAUUGGCUGGUGAAAUGAAGCGGUUUCAAGAUGAAAUGGAGUAUUUAUUGGAUGGAUUGCAAGAUGGUCAACCUUUAGGUAUUGUUCGUACAAGCUGUUUGGCUGUUUCACGUAAAUUAUUAUCUUCUGGAUUUCUUGCUCAAGUCAAAGCACACGACUUUUUGUCUCGAGUAUACGGACGUCUUUUUAGACGCCGAGAUGGUCUGGCCAAGACUGAUCCAGUAGUAUUGUGUACUGUCCUUACUCUUAUUGCAUUGCUGAUGGCCGAUGAUAUCCGUAACGUGGUGGAGUUGUCGAUGGAGGCUGGUUGUCUUGAUUUACUUGUUACUGGUCUGUCUCUACAACCAGAUCCAUUUAUCAUUGAGAUGAGAUCGAAAUUUGAUCGGACAUUUUUCAAGGACGUUGUGACGUUUCUGAAAGAACACGAUCUGAGUAGCAAAGUGCACUGCUGUGCCGAGAUCGCUACGGGCUGCUUGGCCGCCAUUAUAGCCACUCCAUCCCCUCGAAUCUUGGACAUUCUUCAUGUCUUGUUGGCUCCCGAUGCAGCAGUCACAGCUGUCAUAUCCACUUUAACUCCAUGGCUGAAACAAGUCAAAGGUGAUGUGGAUAAAUGGCGUAAACGUAAUAAACAGACUGCACCGAGCCUGAUAGAUGUCCACAUGCUGACUCGAGUGGAGAGUGCUCUUCGGGUUCUAGAGUUCAUUUCCAUCUCUGGUAGUAAACGUCACGUGAGUGGUAUGAUAAAUGAAAUGGCUGAUGGUGUCGUUUGGUUGGCAGCUACUAGUCGAUCGUGUACUCAAGAGCAAGUGCUCGUAGUCACUGAAUGUCUCAUUGCUAUGCUGUCGUUAAUAGUCAACCUCACGCAUGACAACACUACUAUCGCCCAGCAGCUUUCUCAACCACAUAUAUUGUCACCCAUAUUGAGAUGCUUGAUAAUACCCAAUCAGUUGUUACAAGUCUUGGCACUGCCGCACGAGUCCAGCGAUAAUAAGUUCUCAGCAAAUGCUGGCAAUGUGGACGUAAUCGUCACUGCAGUUAGUCUUGUAGUGAAUCUGAUUGAGAUGAUGGAUGAGAUGGUUGAGCCUUUUGCUGAAGUAACUAUCAAUUUGGAGUGUCCUGGACAUGGUGUUUGCUUUGGUACUUGCAAAUGUAAAUCUUCGCAAAAUUUGGUGGAUUGCAUCUCUGUGUUGUAUCAAAGGCAUGAUUUCCAGAACAACUCGGCAAAUCCGGAAUUAGCCUUGGUCACUGCAUACUAUGCCUUGUUAUUAGGUAUGCUUCUCAAGUCUCUACCAGCCACACCACAAACGAUACUGUCUAGUCUUAAUGGUGGCAAGGAAGGCAUGAUUGCCAUCUUGGAAGAAUUAGCCUUCUUCCAAGAGCUUGUGGCAGGUAUAGAAAAUCAAACGGAGGGUGGACCAUCAAAGAUUCACAGGAGACGUAGCAGCUUCCUAACUAGUGGAUCUGAGACCCCAGAAUCGAGUGAGUUUGAUUCUCAAGUUGCUCGGGGUGUUGCUCGAAUCAUUGCUUGGUUGAAGCACGAGUAG